AUCCGAGAAGAACAAUUAGAGAAGCCGCCGCUUUAGCUGCCAAGUUUUACAUUCGCAGCUUCUAGUGAACUAGAGGUCUUCGCAUCGAGGAUGAGGUGGGUGUCUAGAGCUGCCUUUCAUCUGAGGAUCUCCGUCUUCCGGAGGGGCUUCGCCUCUGUUAUAGAACACUUGAAGUAUGCAGACUCCCAUGAAUGGGCUGAUGUCGAUGGAACUUACGCUAAAAUAGGGAUAACAGAUCAUGCACAGGACCACUUAGGUGAUGUUGUUUAUGUGGAACUGCCAGAAGUUGGUGCUACUGUGUCGAAGGGAAAGAAUUUUGGUGCAGUUGAGAGCGUCAAGGCAACUAGUGAUGUCUAUUCUCCUGUAUCAGGCGAGGUUAUUGAAGUGAACACCAAAUUAAAUGAAUCUCCUGGUUUGAUUAAUGCCAGCCCCUUUAAAGAUGGAUGGAUAAUAAAAGUUCAGAUAAGCGAUUCGACUGAACUGAAGUCCUUGAUGGAUUCUGAUCAGUACACCAAGUUUUGCGAAGAAGAAGAUGCAAAACACUGAAGUAGCAGUAAUUUUUUCUUACAGUGUCAAAGUUAGUGUCCAGCAUUGUUUAUGCUUCAGAAACACCUUAGAAGGAUUAUGGAUGGAUGCUUGUUGGCUCAUUGUGCUUUCUUAAAUCGCUUUUUACAAAUUCGUUACUCUUGAAGUGUUAAAUGCACGCUUGUGGGGAGUGUUUUCUAAGUAUUUCCUUCUUAUCUUUUAA